UCUCUUCCCAAGGCCUUUAGAUUAUUACAUUUCUCCCUUUCUCUUUCUCUCUCUUUCUCUCUUCUGUUGUUCAAUGAAGCACUACCAUGAUCAUGAGCUUCACUCUGGGAAAUGCCAGACACUUAUACUAAAGACUCCAAGAAAGAUUGCGCUUCUAGUCUUUGCCCUACUUCUUCUUACAAUAAUUCCAUUCUAUUAUCGUAGCAGCUCUCUAUUCCUUAGUAAAACUAUUCCAAACCCACCAUCUUCUCCAUCUUUUGAUGAGGAAGUUCAUGAGAAGUUGCCAACUAUAACCAAUAAUCUUAAGUGUGACAUAUUCAGUGGAGAAUGGAUUCCAAAUCCAGAGGCUCCUUAUUACACGAACACGACAUGUUGGGCGAUUCACGAGCAUCAAAACUGCCAGAAAUAUGGAAGACCAGACUCAGAGUUCAUGAAAUGGAAAUGGAAGCCCGACGGGUGUGACCUGCCCGUUUUCAACCCGGCUCAGUUCCUUGAAUUGCUCAGAGGAAAGUCGUUGGCCUUCGUCGGAGAUUCUGUGGGUAGAAAUCAAAUGCAGUCUCUGAUAUGCCUUCUUUCUAGGGUGGAAUAUCCAAUAGAUGUUUCGUACACAAAGGAUGAGAAAUUCAAACGCUGGAAAUACACAUCCUACAACUUCACGAUGGCCUCAUAUUGGACGCCACAUUUGAUCAAAUCCAAAGAAGAAGACAUUCAUGGUCCAACCAACACUGGCAUCUUCGGUCUAUACCUCGACGAAUUUGAUGAGGCAUGGACAAGCCAAGUUGAAGAGUUUGAUUACCUCAUUAUUUCGGCAGGGCAUUGGUUCAUGCGAUCCAUGGUGUUCCAUGAAAAUAACAAAAUCUCAGGUUGUCACUAUUGCCUCCUAGACAAUGUCCCUGACGUCGGAAUGUACUACGGCUACAGAAAGGCGUUUAAGACGGCUUUCAAGGCCAUCAACAGCUUGAAGAAUUACACGGGUAUAACCUAUCUCAGGACCUUUGCACCAUCACAUUUUGAGAAUGGGAACUGGAACGCAGGAGGAGAUUGUGUGAGAACGAAGCCGUUUAGGAGCAAUGAGACCCAAUUAGAGGGUGUCAGUUUGGAGUUUUACAUGAUACAAUUAGAGGAGUACAGGGUUGCUGAGAAGGAAGGGAGAAAGAAGGGGUUGAAAUAUAGGUUAUUGGACACAACACAAGCCAUGUUACUAAGGCCAGAUGGUCAUCCCAGUAGAUAUGGGCAUUGGCCAGAAGAAAAAGUCACUUUGUAUAAUGACUGUGUGCAUUGGUGCUUGCCAGGACCUAUUGACACUUGGAGUGAUUUCUUGCUUGAGAUGUUGAAGACGGAGGGUAUCAGAUCAGCUGAGGAGAAGCGGCAUUCGAGAGACAGAAGAUUGCAUUGAUCCAAGGUGGCUUCUUUGAUUCCUCAUUUUGCUUAAUUUUAUUCAAAUGUAAUCAAGCUUUCUUUUGGUGUUGAUUGAGAGUCUAUUUACGAUGUAAUUAGUGGCUAUUAAAUAAAUAUGAUAUGAAAAC